UUUCUUUUUUCUCUUUCACUUUCCUUUUAAUUUUUCUUAUUUAUUUACCUAAAUUUUCUUCAAUUCAAUUUUCAAACCCAAAAUCGCAUUCAUAUAAAUCACACCCAAUUUCUCUCUCUCUCUCUCUCUCUCUCUGAAAUUCACAUUUUCAGCGGAAAAACCCAAAUCUUAAUUUUUUCGUUGAAAUCGUUGAAUCGAAGUGUUUUUUCAGUUUCGUGUGAUUAUUUACACUGUUUGAGGAAAAAAAGCGCGUUUGUGUGAAAAAGCGCGUUUGUGAAAUGAGAAGAAGAAGUUGCAUGUUGUUGUGAAGAAAGAGUUUUGUUUGAAUUAAAGCUUCUGAAUGGCAGCUAAACGCGUUUAUGAAGCAUGGAAAGGAAGUAAUAAAUUCCUAUUUGGAGGAAGGCUGAUAUUUGGGCCUGAUGCUAAGUCAUUGCUUAUCAGUUUGUUGCUGGUCAUAGUUCCGGUUAUCAUCUUUUGUGUAUUCGUAGCAAGGCAUCUUCGGCACCAUUUUUCUUCAUAUAAUGCAGGAUAUGCUAUUUUGGUGGUGGCAGUUAUCUUCAAUAUUUAUGUGCUGAUACUUCUCUUCCUUACUUCGGCACGCGAUCCGGGGAUUAUUCCUAGGAAUUUACAUCCGCCUGAGGAAGAGUUCCGUUAUGACUCGUCCGUUUCUAUUGACAUUGGGGGAAGACAAACACCAAGCCUUCAGUUCCCUCGAACAAAGGAAGUAAUGGUCAAUGGCCUUCCUGUAAGAGUGAAGUAUUGUGAUACAUGCAUGCUGUAUCGCCCUCCUCGUUGCUCACAUUGCUCCAUUUGCAACAAUUGUGUUGAACGUUUUGAUCAUCAUUGCCCUUGGGUUGGCCAAUGCAUUGGACUGAGGAACUACCGUUACUUCUUUAUGUUUGUUUCUUCGGCCACUCUUCUAUGCAUCUAUGUGUUUUCAAUCUCAGCUUUUUACAUCAAGGUUUUGAUGGAUGAGAAUCAUGGGACAGUGUGGAAGGCAAUGAAAGAAUCUCCUGCAUCUGUCAUACUAAUGGCAUAUUGUUUCAUCUCUUUGUGGUUUGUUGGUGGACUAACUGGCUUUCAUUUGUACCUUAUUGGCACAAACCAGACCACCUAUGAAAACUUCCGAUACAGAGCAGAUAACAGGAUCAAUGUUUACAAUCGGGGGUGUUUAAAUAAUUUUCUGGAAGUAUUUUGUACAAAAGUGAAGCCUUCAAGGAACAAUUUUCGGGCUUUAGUUCAAGAGGAGGUACAGAGGCCACCUCCUCGGGUAGUUACCCCCCGGGAACCUGAACAAGAUGUAGGUGGAGAUCCUCGUUCUAAGGUUGAAGAUGAUCUUGACAUCGGUGAAGACCUAUUGAAGAUAUCACAGCGGCGGAAUAUUGAAGAAAUCGAUGAAGACAUUCGGAGCAGAGGGAGCAAUGGACCUUACAACAAUGCAUCUGAAGGUGAUUCAGUUUUGGGCUCAGAUCGUCGAGCUCCAACAGUUCAAACAGAAGAAAGGCACUCAAGUUGGAGAAGAAGCGGAAGCUGGGAAAUUGCACCAGAUGUACUUGCCAAUUCAAAUGUAACUGAAACUAGAAGCUAUGUUUCUGCGCGUCAAUGAUCGCGGUUUCUUUGUUGUUUGUGUAGCAUAUCAACUUUAGGUGAUAUGGGGUUUACUUAUAUAUAUCAAAAAGAUUGAAUAGGAAAAACUUUUUAAUCAGAUUUUACCGUUAUAGGAAUGUGAAUUGAAUUGAAUUGAUUGAGGCAUUAAGUAGAAAAACUUAUUUGACCUUUUGUGGUAAUCUUA